AUGGAGGCCUGCCACCCACAGCUGCCACAGAGACUACUCCUCCUGAGUGCAGCUGUGCUGACAGUGUCUGCUCUGGAGACAGCUGACCUAGUGGACAUCUGCGGGCAGACAUGGCAGGGGGACAGGCUGCUGUUGUGCUCACACUCUGAGUCAUGCAGGUUCUACUUCGUCACCCGGGACACUGACUGCAGCCUCUGGAUGUUGGCAAAGUCUCCCAGCAACAGGAUCAGCUUCCAGUUCCACUUCUUCCUGGUCUACAGCCUCAUGUCUGCGACACCAGCACACUCAGCACCUAACGCCUCCUCCCUGGAGUGGGACCCAUGUGCCCCUGGGUCCUACCUGCAGUUCUAUGAAGGCCCUCCAGGGACACCCCAGCCCCUGGGUCCCCCUGUUUGUGGUCUGACUAUCCCUCCCACGGUGGUAUCCUCUGGACCUUCCCUGGGCCUGCGCCUUGUCACUAGAGGCCACCAGCCUUGAGUGGAUUUCGUGGCUAAAGUCACCUCUUUCCGCCUAGCUCCAGCUCUCGGGUCUGCAGGAGCCUUCCGUAUCGCUCCAGAGAGGACUGUUCCCACGGGCAGGGGCCCCGUACUCCAGGAUGCAGCAUCAAAAGGACCCCAGCUAAACAAGGUGGCACUGGUCUCCUCACUGCUCCUGGCCUCUGCUGGCCUCCUCUGUUGUCUGUUGUGUUCCUAG